CGCUGGGGCGGGGACAGGGGACGGCCGCGGGGCCGGCCCCGCCCGCCCUGCCCGGCUCUCCGGCGGCGCCGAUGGGGCUGCGGGCCUGGCUGCGAUCGCUCGGCUGCUGCGGCUGCUGCGGCGGGGAGGCGGCGGUGGCCGAGAAGGAGCCCCUGCUCAGUAACAACAACCCCUACGCGUCCUUCGGGGCCACCCUGGCGCGGGAUGAGGAGCAGAACCUGUGGAGCACCCCCCACGACGUGACCCACACCGAGGCCGACGACGACCGCGUGCUCUACAACAUGAUCGUGGUCAGGAACCAGCUGGACAAGGACUCGGAGGAGUGGCAGAAGCUCAACUAUGACAUUUAUACUUUACGGCAGACGCGGAAAGAAGUGAGGAGCAGGUGGAAACACAUUUUGGAGGAUUUAGGUUUCCAGAAGGAGGCAGAUUCCCUCUUGUCAGUGACCAAACUUAGCAUCAUCAGCGACUCUCAGAACAUGAGCAAAGCCCGGGACAUCUUGCUGAAGCUCUCGGAGGAGACCAACAUCUUCCCAACCAGCUGGGAGCUUUCCGAGCGCUACCUCUUUGUGGUGGACCGGCUCAUCGCGCUGGACGCCGCGGACGAGUUCUUCAAGGUGGCCAGCGCCGCGUAUCCCAAGCGGGACAGGGCGGACGAGGGCCCCGGGCCCCUGCGGAGCGGCCCGGCCGCUGUGCCCUGAGGAGUGUGCCUCGCUGGAGUGACACGGGACAGGCUCCUCAGCACGGAGAGAGCCUCCCUUGUUUCCCUGUGGAGAGGAGAGGCGGAGCAGGGCAGCGGGGCCAGCGAGCUGUGCCCAGCAGGAGCGCACGGAAAGGCGGGCGCUGGCCCCAGGGAGCUCCCGGGCACCAGGGAGGGAGAACUGCCCUGGAGCAGCCCCCGUGGGACAGCACUGCCCGUAGUGUAUGCAGUAGGCACGGGGAGGAGUUGCCAUGCAGGAGCUGCAAAGGUUCUGGUGCCUCUAAUUCCAAGGGCUGAGAGGAAAUCCACCUUUCCACCUUCUGCCGCUGUCCCCUCCGUGGAGCCUGCCAGCCAGGAGGAGCAGCGAGAGAGGAAAAACACCUCCGACAUCUACAACCCUGUGACUCUGUGCGCUGGGCUCUUCCUCACCCCAGCCCUCCAGGCGGGUCCCAGGGGAUUUGGGGAAGAGGCAGGAGCCGUGCCAGGAUUGAAUUCCAGGCAGCAAAUGGGAUGAUGUCGUGUCAUGUCACUGGUGAGCCUCAGUGGCCCAUUAACAGAAGAUAUCUGCCUUGGAGCAGUGUCACAGUUGGGUGCUCCUUAGUGGCUGAGGGAUGUUUUUUGUCAGGGGUGCUCAGCUUGACAUCUUAAAAGAAGGCAGAGUUUAGGAAGGUGCCACGUUCAGAGCUGCUGAGAAUUUGGCUCCUGGAACAUUGGUUGCCCUGCAUCUCAAUCUCUUUUGAAAAGUUUUGGUCUUAAUUGCCUAAAAAAACCCCACCACAAAGCUGCAUGCACUGGCAAUAUAAAAAUCCUCAUUACCAGCAGGCGUGGUAUAAUGAACAUCCUUUUUGUCUCGGGGUUUUGUCUGAUAACGAGCAAUAAUUUUUAAAACACUGGAUUUGAUAAUUUAAAAACAAGUGGAGGUUCUUCACUGAUAAACAUACAUGCUGCUAAUUGGCCAGUUGAAAAUGCUGGUUACAUAGGGCCUCCCGAAGUAGCAAACCAGAGCUUUUAUUUGUUUAUACCUAUGGUGUUUGUAAAAAAAGAAAUGUAUUUAUAAACUGUUUUUGUUUGUCAGUCUUCCUGGGAAACAUUUUGUCAACUCCGAACAGCAGUGAAA